CUUUUCCUCCCCCGCCGCCGCCGCCGCCACCUCAGGAAGCGAAGCAGCAGCAGCAGGGCCCGAGCGGGGACGGCGAGCUGGAGCCCAGCCCCAGCCGAGCAGCGCCCGCCGACAACGAGCCGCCCUCCCCGCUCCCUUUCUUCCGCGGGCUGCAACGGUCGCUGGGGAGGCAGCUUCCUGGCGGGGCUUCCGCCUACCCGGCGAUGAAGAGGGGAGGGACUGGCAGGAAAGGGGCCAAGAGCGACAACCAGAGGCAGGAGAAGCGAGACCGCUUGGCCCACGAGCUGGGCGAUUGGCAGAACUGGCUUAGCGCCACUCUGAAAGAAACAGGGAACUUCAUCACAAGAGCAGAUCGCAAGAUAUGGCUUACCCUCAUAAUGGCUACUGUUGCAGGAAUCCUUCACUGGUAUCAUAUAAAAACACUCUUUGAAAAUGACCGUCACUUUUCUCAUCUCUCAACUCUGGAAAGGGAAAUGGCUUUCCGAACUGAAAUGGGUCUUUAUUAUUCCUAUUUUAAGACCAUCAUUGAGGCACCAUCCUUUUAUAGUGGAGUCUGGAUGAUUAUGAAUGAUAAGCUGACUGAGUAUCCACUUGUAAUCAAUACGCUGAAAAGGUUUAAUCUCUACCCAGAGGUUGUGUUAGCCAGUUGGUACCGCAUAUACACAGGGACAAUGAAUGCCUUUGGUAUUCAGACACAGAAAUGUUGGAGUGUGAAUAGGGGAGAAGGUCUCAGCCCUGUUGAAAGCUGUGAAGGACUGGGAGAUCCUGCUUCUUUUUAUGUGGCUAUGAUAUUUCUUCUGAAUGGAUUAAUGGUGUCAGUGUUUUUCCUAUAUGGCACAUACCUAAGUGGUAACAUAUUUGGUGGGCUACUUACAGUAGCAUGCUUCUUUUUCAACCAUGGUGAGAGUACUCGUGUGAUGUGGACUCCCCCUCUUCGUGAAAGCUUCUCAUAUCCUUUCCUUGUGAUUCAGAUGUUAUUACUAAGCUACAUUCUAAGGACUCAGAAGGUUAAUAGAAGAAGCCUGAUUGCACUAUCUGUUUCUAAUGUUUUUUUCAUGCUUCCAUGGCAGUUUGCUCAGUUUGUCCUUCUAACUCAGGUGGCAACGGUUUUUGGUUUAUAUAUAUUAGGAUUCAUUGAUUCAUCUAAACUACAGAAGAUACUUUUUGCGCAUAUGGCAUCACUUGCAGUAUGUUUUGUCCUUAUGUUUGGAAACUCUAUGUUGCUGACAUCCUAUUAUGCUGCCUCUUUGGUAGUUAGUUGGGGUAUUCUUGAAAUGGGUCCUAAAUACCUGAAAGUGCGUGGAAAAAGUGUUCCUCUGUGGGCCAUUGAAGGAUUUUCUUGUCUUUUUGGGACAAUUACUUUGAAAUCUUUAAUGUGUAUAAUAUUUGGAAUAUCGGAUGAUGCUCAUAUAAGCAAUUUGUUAAAAGCAAAACUUACUGGUUAUAAGGAUUUUGAUACAUCAAUGUAUACUUGUGCUGUGGAAUUUGAUUUCAUGGAAAAAGAGACUCCAGUAAGGUACAUGAAGACGCUACUGCUUCCAGUAGUUCUUGUUGUUUUUUCUGUAAUUGUUGUAAAGGCAUUUAAACACAUUGUAUAUCACAAGAAAUCCACAGAAAGACAGGAGGAUCAUUUUAAUCAUGGAGAGAUAGUGUACCAUGCACUGCAGCUUAUCUUUUUUGCUGUUCUUGCUAUUUUAAUUAUGAGACUAAAGCUGUUUUUGACACCUCAUAUGUGCAUCAUGGCAUCCUUGAUAUGUUCAAAACAACUAUUUGGAUGGGUCUUUCACAAAAUCCAGCCUGGAACACUUGUCCUUGCAAUUUUAGCAAUGAUGGCAUUUGAAGGCAUAGCAAACAUUCAAAAGGAACGCAGCAUUGUGGGAGAAUUUAGCAACCUGCCUCAGGAAGAACUAUUACUGUGGAUAAAAGCAAACACCAGGCAAGAUGCUGUUUUUGCAGGUGCAAUGCCUACAAUGGCAAGUGUAAAACUGUCUGCUCUUCGACCUAUUGUGAAUCAUCCCCAUUAUGAAGAUGCAGGGCUUCGGGCAAGAACAAAAAUAGUCUAUUCCAUGUAUAGCCGAAAACCAGCAAAAGAAGUUAAAAGGGCAUUGCUAAAGAUGGGAGUAAAUUACUACAUUUUAGAAGAUUCUUGGUGCCUAAGGAGAACUAAGCCUGGCUGUAGCAUGCCAGAAAUUUGGGAUAUAGAAGAUCUUGCCAACAUUGGAAAAGUUCCCUUAUGCAACCUCAUGAGCAAGGAUUCCCGGCCAUACUUCAGAACAGUUUUCAAGAACGAUAUAUUCAAAAUAUUAGAAGUUACCAGGGAAUGAAUCUUCUGUGCUGCAUACUUUUUGAAAAUAUAUAUUAAAGUAGUCAACUAUUUAAAAUAUCUCUCUGAAUUCUAUUUAAAGUUAACAAGAGUUUUUAGAUAAAUUUCAGCAGAUAGCUUCAUUAGACUUAGGCUGUUCUCCAGAGAACUCUGUGCUCAGGAGGUCCCCUUGUCAGUUACAGGAACUGUACCAUGUGACAUAGGCUCUGUCUCCUUCCAUAUAAUAUGGUAUAGUCCCACAUACUCAUUCAGGGCUACUUCACUGGAUCAAGGACUUAGAUUGUGAGUUCAGCUGUAUUUAUUUGCAAAUACAUUGAAAUAAAUGAGAAUGACUUCAGAAUAAAUGUGGAGAACUGAAAUAAUAGUAUGUUAAGAGACCAACAUGCUGACUGGAGUACUGGACUUGUAAAAUGAGGAAAUUUAAAAUAUUCUGUCUCAAACUUGAUUAUUUCUAUUUCUGGAUCAGUUUUUUAAAAUUUGCUAUGCAAAUGUGUAUGCAUUUAAACACUUCUUAAUAAUACUGAAUAAUACUGAUCCAAAACAAGUGAACAAAACUAGCUGUAAAAAAAGAGUACCAGAUUUCAAUUCAGUGAAGUUGUAGAGACCAAUGAUCAUUUCCGGCGAUGUCAGUGCAUCUUUAAACCCUGAAUAGCUAAUAAUUAACAAAUGGUAGUAUGGUAUUUAAGAUUCCAUACACUAGUCAUCACAAUAUAUUGCUAACUGACUUCUCCAGCAUGCUUCCCAUAAUGCACAUUUUAUGAAUCUGUAUAGUUUUGUAAAGAGAUAGGAUAGAGGAAACUAUCCAAUUUAUGUGCAAGUAGUUGUUUGUUUUAUCAAAACAAUUUGAUAGUUUAAUGACAUCUUAGAUCUAGGUCAUAUAUUCAAACUUUUGUUCUACAUGGAAAUUAUUUUAGAUAACUUUAGAUAAAGAAUGUGCAGAAUACACAUUCUUUAAUUUUACUUUGUAAAUAUUUGCUAAAAUGAAUCCUAUUUGCAGUAAGCAGUAUUUUUGGUACUAACUGUUGAAAUGUUUUGAAAUCACCUUGGUAGACAAAACUGACCAAUUUUGCACACAUGAUGCUUUAGCAAGGAAAAUAUUUUCUGGAAGGUCUUUUUAUUGUUUGGCCUUAAUGCAGAAAUAGAAGGUAUUUUUGCCCUUCUUGUAGAAAGAGAGUCUAAAUUAUGAGCAUUUGUUCCCUGAGAGCUAAAAUGUAACCACCAGAGCAGUAAUGAAUUCAAAAAGGCUUGUUUCAUUUUCUUCUCUAUCUUGGAGCAAAAUUAAUUCAUGUAACAGGCAAAUCUGUAGAUUGGUAAAUAUUAAUUAACUAUUAUCCGUAUUUGCUUUUCCACAUUUCUAAAACAACAAAAUCCCUAAUUUCUGUCUUCUGUUGAUAAUGCAUAGGUCAUUGUUAUUUAGUAUCUUGUUUGGUAGAACAAAGUGUUGUGGUCUGCAGAAAUGGCAAUAUAUAUGAUCUGUUUGCAAAAGAUAAAUUUUUGCAAGCCAUGUAGACAGAAACCAUACUUUUUCCAGCCACCUGCUGAUUUUUAAUUUCUAUUUUACACUUAAAGCUUUGUUUGCAACUAGCAGUAGCAAAUUAUCCAUGGAGAAACAUAGUUUAUUGUUGUGAGCCAUGUUGCCUCCCUCUGACAAACAGAAGCCUGAAGCUGCUGCUUUUGCAUAAUACUCUUCAUUGUUUCUACGUACAAAUCAUUCAGCCAAGUCUCUGAGCAUGCACAAAGCAGCUUGAUCGCAGUUUGGCGAUUAUCACCCAAAGCUCCCCUCAUGAACCCUUUUGUGUUCCACCCCAGGAGCGAGGCGCACUGUGAAAAUGGGCAUUACUGCUCUUGUGCCUCUAAUUGGACUUCCCUCUGGUGAUGGCAUUGAGACAAUAGGUCUACCUCCUCAAGUGACAGGUUCUCCAUUGGAGGAACUCCCCAUGUCAACAUGCCCUUCUUCAGGCUGAACUCUCCAACAUUUCUGGGGCUAAUCUUUCCCACUGUUGCAUCCUGUUGGGUCCGAGGACCUUGAACAAUUCUCUGCUGCAACUGAAUCAGCAAAAUCAGUGUGGCUUACUUCCCAGGGGAACACUUGCCAGAGCCUGCCAUUACGCUUAUUCACAACAUCGCUGCCCUUUCCAUGGGGACCCCUCCUGGGUGACCAAAGCCACAGCCUGCUGGAUUUAUGGGGAAACCUGGAAUGGAACUGCUCAGUCAAAGCAGGUGUGCAAAGAUUGUCUGUGUACUCCCAAGUCCACUCCUCAGAUCCAAACCCCUUCCAGACAAUCGCAUACUGCCACUGUCCACAAUGAAAGCACAAGUUCAAAAUGUCCUGAAUCUCAAAGUCCUCCUCCCCUGCCUGCCCCACAAGGAGAUGAGGAGGUAGAGGUGCUUUUUGAGAACUCAGAGGGUAAUCAGUCAUGGUGGGGGACAAAAGGGAAUGGUGAAAUACAGGGUGGAUUUUCAGGGGUGGGGGCAUCAACAGUUUAAAAGUUUAAAUGAUUAAUUUGUGCUACAGUCUGAAAGGGCCAGCACAGCAAGCUGCCAGUUUCUUAAUGGAAGCAAAUAGGAAUAUACAUUCAGUAGAAAAUUAUAUGCAAUCUUCCACAAGCAUGUCCAUUCCUUCCUUGCAGUGAGCAUCUACUACUCUCUUGUAGCCAGGUUUAGUCCAGUCUAAUGGCUCCUUAAGGGGGACAUGUCCAGUGUGUAGUUUCUGCAAGAAGUCUGCUGCCACCAACCUCUGAGGCAACAGUAGGUUCAACUGGGGGUCAUUUGGCACACUGGCAAGCUGUGCAGAAGUGGACAAAGGUCUCAACAUUCUGGUGCAUGUAUCUCCACCAGAAACUGUGAAACUAUGUGCACAGUUUUGUAAAUCCCAAAGUUUUCAGGCAAAAGGAGCGGUAUGACAAUAGGGUAGCACCCAUUUCCUUUGGAAAGAAGAAACAAAGGCAGUGCCAUCUAUAUAAUAAACCAUCCCUUGAAGGGAAGUCUGGGGCCUAGCUCUGCACUAUCCAGUUCUUUACAAAUACAAAAACAUCCUCCUGUUGAACCUGGUGGAUGCUAUCCAGCCAGGGACAGGCAGGGGUGCCACUAGCCAGAGCCUCAGUAUCAAGGGGAAUAGUAGGAUUCUGCGGGACGGAACUGGCUACUAUGAGCUUGGGAAUAAAACUACAAUGCUGGAAACAUUGGGUAGAAGGAAAAGUUAUGGUACCAUCAGUCCAGGAAAUUUGAGGCUUGUGUUUCACCCGCUGGUCCAUGUCCAACACAGUAGCAUGUGAUAAAUGAUGAGUGUGAGCUAUUCUGCAUGAUUCCCAGUGUGUAGAGUCUGGGAGCCCACUGUUGCAGCAAAGCAAUGCAGUCUUGCAAGAUUGAAAUUCAAGAAGGAGGCUGUAGCUGCACUGUUAAGAAGUGCAGGGGCAUGCAGCUCAAGCCCCUCUGGUGUCUGGAGAGUGACUUUCAAAACCAAAGGAGUAGAAGGUGGUAAUUUCUGAGUGGGAGAGGGUACACCUGUGUUGUGUCUGCAACAGUCCCAAGUUCACAGUACUUGAAACAUGGCGAUUUCCAUUUUUGGGAGGCGAAGUUGCAUUGCUCCUGGCUUCAUAGGUUCAGGUUCUAGGGUUUUGAGGAGAAGGAGAAGCAAUGGGGCAUGAAAAGAGCUGGUACUGGAGGGAAAGCUGGACUAGACAGGAGUGGAGCUGUCAGUGGCAGGAAGCAAUGACUUUUGAGUAUGUGCACCAGCCAGCACUUUUCAAGCUGGCUGUCAAUUUGGAGGCAAAGUUGAAUAAGGUGGUUAAGAUCCUCGGCCCAAUUAGUUCAUGCAAAUAUAUCUAACAUUUCAUCCUGCCCUGUAUUGUGCCAUGUAAGCUGCAUUGCUCCAAUAUAAACUAUAUUUGCAACUGGAGCCAGGUGGAAUACUCAGUGACUGUUUUCCAUGACAAAGACAUCAAAUUUCCUGGGUGGUAACCUCUUGUCACAGUGCAUCCCCAAAAAAUCCUCCCAUGGCCAUGAUGAUUCCCUGUAGUUAUCUAAGAGGAGAUUGUGGGCAAUAACCCAUUUUUCCAUCAGGAGACUUAUUGCAAAUCCCACUCUAAUUUGAUCUGUGGAGAAAUCCUCUGGUCAUAUUUGCAUAUACAGUUCACGUUGAGCCCAGAAUGUGGGGAACUGGUCUGAUUCCUGUCAAAUUUGGCCAGAGAAUCUAAGGAACACCUUCUUCAUGGCAGAGUGGGGGGGGGGGGGGAGAGUGCCAAAAUGGGCAAGCGUGGCUGCCUGAAGAGCCGCAUUGGCUACCUGUAGUUGUGCCAAUUGAUCCCACAGAGCUUGGAACUCUGCUGCCUCCACUGCUUCUUCCAUGAUUCUCUUUGAGAGUUGUGGAGGGGAGAGAGAAUUGGCUGGCAAAGGAGGAAGGAACAAGUUGAGACUAGGGACAAAGUGUUGAGAGCUGCGUUGCCUUCUUCUGACAAACACAAGCCUCGAACUGCUACUUUUGCAUAGCACUCUUUAUUGUUUCUACAUCUAAAUUAUCUAACCAAGUCUCUGAGCAUGCGCAAAGCAGCUUGUUGACCCCAGUCUGGUGAUUAUUACCCAAAACUCCCCUUACAAACCUGUCUGUGUCCUGCCCUAGGAGGAGGCAUGCUGUGAAACUGGGCAUACCUCUCAUUGUACCUCUAACUGAGCGUAGAGCAGGGCCAUAUCAAGUGGCAGGGGUUCUCCACUGGAGGAGCUCUCCAUGCUAACAUCUUUUCCCUCAGGCUGGGGCUCUCCAACAUUCCCCGGGUCAGGUUGAUCUGUUUCCCCACCUGCCCUUGAGCUAAUCUCUCCCACUGCUAUGUCCUGCUGGGUCCCAGGACCUUGAACUGCUGUUCAAUCGCAUUGAAAUGAACAGUUUCUUCUGACUCUGAAUCAGCAAAAUUUGUGCAGCUCACGUCCCUUGGGUACACUUGCCAGAGCCUGCCAUUGUGCUUGCUCACAAACAGCUGGUUUAAAUAGAGGUGGGCAGAUUAGUCAAGAAGUGGGCAAACUGCAAAAUUUCUGAUGUAAUUCAGUUGCAAUUCCCAUAAUUUCUGACCAUGCUAGUGGUUAUGAUUGGUGUUGGAUGAGAGUCCAACAACUGGAGGCCACACUGCUAGGUUUAUUUUACUUUGGUGUUCUUCCACCUUGUUAAGAAAGUAAGGAGUGACCAAAAAAUCAAUUUAAAAUUAGAAAUCAUACUGUGUUCCCAAUUUGUGAGACUGGAUGACUGAUGAGUAUUGGGUAGUAGAAAAUAAUCAUUUUCAACUACUGCAGAAACAGGGAAUUGGUGUCUUAUUUUAUAAUUAUAUUGUAGCACAAUAUAGUGUAUUUUUAUGGAUUUUAUGCUAAUUGUUGAUGUUUGUGGUUAAAUAAAAGCUUUGUUCAUA